CUUGGUUCGCUGUUGGAGACGGCGAGACGCCCGGGACCUGGCUGAUCUGAAGGGGCGGCUGCACUCGUUAAUAACACACAGUGCCCAAGGACUUCUAGCCUCGGUUUCCAAAGCAAUUGGAGCGAGUCCUAUUAAAUUCCAGCCGUAUAAAUAGACCUGCAUGCAAGUGAAGGGUUGAAGCAGCAAGCUAAUUUCCUGCACUACAAAAGUGAAAGCCCGAAACCAGAAAAGCUGAGAGCCGAUAGUGUGAGUGACUUGAGUGACAAGGGAGGCCAUAUGGGGUGCUUCCAGAAAUGUGCUUCUCUGGUGGUGGUUUCCAGCCUGCUGCUGCUGCUCAUAACUGCUGCAGCUGCUGCGUCUUCCCGUGGCCGUGAUGCAUCGUCUUCCUCCACAUUGCACGCGCGCAAGCUGCUCAACAGCACUGGCUCGUCGUCGUCGUCGCUCGGUGCUGAGCGCCAUUACUCGACGGAGCGGAUGGGGCCGGACGACUGCUCGGAGGAGGAUGUGGUGGUGUACCAGAGCAGCGCCAACCCGUUGCCGAGCGGCAUCCCGGCCUACACCGUGCAGAUCGUCAACGUCUGCGGCGGCUGCACCGUGUCCGACGUCCACGUCUCCUGCGGCGACUUCGCCUCCACGGAGCUCGUCGACCCUAGCAAGUUCCAGCGUGUCAGCUUCAACGACUGCAUCGUCAAGGGAGGCGGGCCCAUGGAGCCCAGCGAGACCGUCUCCUUCCAGUACUCCAACUCCUUCUCCUACCAGCUAAACGUUGCGUCCGUCGCCUGCGAGUAGUAGACCUCACCGGGCGCAUCCUGCAUUUGCUCUGUUCGUCGUCGUCGUCGUUUGUCUGUUUGUUGUCGUUGUUUGUCUGUUUCUGUGGUCGGCAAAUAAAACCAGGGGAAUACCUUUUCCGUUGGUGAUCGAGCGAGCAUGGUAGGAGUUGACCAGGAUCAAGCUAGUACAUCGCACUGCAGCCAGUACUCUACUAUUACUUUGUACUUUUUCUCUGGAUGGCUUGU